GUUUCGUCCGAGUCGUCCUGCCCUGUGACUCGGGCUGCAUCCCCCUCGCCAUACGGAGGUACAAUUCCGAAGUCGCUCGCAAAAACGUGAUUUCCCACCGGGCAUCUCUCCUGCGAAACAGGAAAAAUUAAAGUGCAAGCAGCAUCGUUACCCCAUCAGGGAAGCGAUAUUUACCGAUACGUCAAAAUAUAAAAACGCCACAUCUCCCCUCCCCCACCAUCUUGUUAUUUCAACAAUACCCGCAGUAUCAUCCCCACACCAUGAUCCAGUUAGCCAGAGCCGCUCGCGGUUUGCCGAGAAUCGCAGCCGUCCAGCGCUGUAUGAACACAUCCACCAUCGCCGUGGAAACCUCCAAACAGACUGCCCCAAAGACCAGAAGAAGAAGAACCACGGUGUUCUCCGACAAGCUAAACAAAGGUCCUUCGUUCGAAGACUUUGUGAACGGCAAGGCGGCGGAUCAGGUUGUUGACCCGAUCGCUGCCGCCAUGAAGGACCCCGAGGCGAGAUUGCCCGCGUGGUUAAAAGUUCCGAUCCCAAAGGGCAAGUCUUUCCAGAAAUUGAAAAACGACGUCAGAGAGUUAAAGUUGGCCACUGUGUGUGAGGAGGCCAAGUGUCCAAACAUUGGCGAAUGCUGGGGCGGUAAAAAGUCGGAAGCCACGGCCACCAUCAUGUUGAUGGGUGACACCUGCACCAGAGGCUGCAGGUUCUGCUCGGUCAAGACCAACAGAGCCCCUGCUCCGUUAGAUCCAAUGGAGCCCGAAAACACCGCCGAAGCAAUUUCCAGAUGGGGCUUGGGCUACGUCGUGUUGACCACUGUGGACAGAGAUGACUUGCUCGACGGUGGGGCCCACCACUUGGCCGAAACCGUGUUGAAGAUCAAGCAGAAAGCUCCACAGAUCUUGGUGGAAUGCUUGUCGGGUGAUUUCCGCGGUGACUUGGCGAUGGCCCAGGUGUUGGCCAACUCGCCGUUGGAUGUGUUUGCCCACAACAUGGAGACCGUGGAGAGAUUGACUCCUCACGUUAGAGAUAGAAGAGCCACCUACAGACAGUCCUUGGCUGUCUUGAACUCCGCCAAGGAGGUGCAGCCCGACUUGGUCACCAAGACCUCCAUUAUGUUGGGUUUCGGUGAGACCGAUGAGGAAAUCUUACAGACCAUGAGAGACUUGCGAGAGGUCAAGUGUGACGUUGUCACCUUCGGUCAAUACAUGAGACCAACAAAGAGGCACAUGAAGGUUGCCGAGUACAUUACCCCUGCCAAGUUUGACUACUGGAAGGAGAAGGCGUUGGAGAUGGGCUUCUUGUACUGUGCGUCUGGUCCAUUGGUGAGAUCGUCGUACAAGGCUGGGGAGGCGUUCAUUGAAAACGUCAUCAAGAAGAGACGAGGCAUCUACGCAGAAUAGAGACGCUGGGGGAUGUACUUCCAUAGAUUGCAUGUAAUUAUUUAUUAUCCACGAAAAUGAAAAAUAAACAAAAUUACACA